GAGCGCGGCGACAGCUGGUGGAGUGCUGUCGCUGCCUGCGUUCGUCAGCACUCAGCACCAGUAACUGAUGAAGGGCGCGCGGCGCGCUCGAUGGCUACAAAACAAGCCGCCCCCGGGUCGCACAUUCCCCACCCCUCCUCCCGAACCCUAGCCCCCUCUCCUCUCUCCACUUCCCCUCCCCUCCCCGCCGCCGCAGCCCCCCGGAUCGAUCGCGAUGGCCGCCCAGAGCUACUGGACGCAGCAGUACGUCGUCGACCCGCGCCAGCAGGCGCCGGCUGUGGGGAUGGCCGCGCCGGCUCCGGCUCCGGCUCCGGCUCCAGCGCCUGCGGCUAUGUGGCAGCAGGGGUAUCAGCCCGCCGUGGCGCCGGCCGCGUUCCCGGUGGCUGCGCCGACGCCCUCCGGCCCCGUGCCGUCGUUCAAGAGACAGCGCCCGGAGUACUUUGGCAUGCCUUCUGGUCAGGAAAAUGGUGCUUGUCUUGAAAAAAUGAGCCAAAGUUCCAGUCCUAUAUAUGGUCAUCACUUAAACAAUAAGAUUCCUUAUGCUGGUGCUAACCAAAGUGCUAUGCCACUUGGUGGGAUGGUCGGGCAUCCAAUGCACAAUAACCACAUGAUGGGCACUACGGGGCUGGACAAUAGAAAUAUUGGCGCUACAAGGACCAAUGCCACUAGCCCUCGUGAUGCAUCAAGUACGUUAUAUGUCGAAGGACUUCCUUCGAACUGCACGAAGAGGGAGGUUUCACAUAUCUUUCGCCCCUUUUCUGGUUUCCGUGAGGUUAGACUGGUCAACAAGGAAUCUAGACAUGCUGGAAGGUAUAAUCUCUUAUGUUUUGUUGAUUUUGCAACUCCUUCUGAAGCUCGUUCUGCCCUGGAGACUCUGCAAGGCUAUAAGUUUGAUGAACAUGACCAUCAGUCUUCCAAUCUGCGCAUAGAAUUGUCCCUCUCUCGCACGAGGCCAAUUGGUGGGCCUCGUGGUAGAAAAUAAGUUUCUUGGGCUUGCUUAAAUUAAUAACGCAGAGCAAAAUUUGUAGAAGAGGUCUCUCGGGAGAAAUCAUGUACAAUGCUAGUCCAAACUUGACUCUGAUGCACUGCUAGUGUUGAAUGUUGUUGCUUUGCAAGAUUCUGCCAUGUAGGUUGGGAUGGAUGCGUUGCUAACAAUUGGUUGGGUGUGUAGAUUGGGUUGAAAGACUGUAAUCAUGUGCUGUGUGAUCUGAAUGGUAUCUAUUCUGCUGUGGAUGAUUGCAAUGAGUAUAUGCAUGGUGCAUCGGCACAUACAUUAUACUAAGUUAUGCAUGUGUUAUCUGGCUUUAAAUGUUUGCGACUUGAUUUCAUGUUGCAAAACUGCUGCAGGAAUAUUUCUUAUACAAAAACUUUGGUGAGUUUCCUUGGCUAUUCAUAGUAGUUUUUCUUGCCUUAAAUAGGCUUACAGUGGUUCCUGUGGACUGAAAUAUCUCAGUAGCUAUUUCAUUGGUAUUUGACAAAAGCAAAUUGGAAUAUGUCCACUAAGCUGAUAUCUGGUUGAAGGCUCUUUCUUUAUGUUAUUUUGCAGAAGGCAAAGGUUGGCUGAAGUAUAUGUGUUGGGCCUGGAAGAUGCUAUGUGACUGAAUCCCCACCAACAAACAGGAUCACACACCUGCAGGCUUGUAGCAUGACUUGAGACAACAAUAUGCAUUGUGUUUUCUUGAGAAGGAUAAGCUGCUGUAUAUGGGUAUUUCAGCAUGUACUCAGCAAUGAUUCAAUACUUGUUUCUAGGCCCCUUUUUUCUUUUCUGUAGAUAUUGCUGUGCACAGAAUGAUAUGCAUUUUUUUUGCAUCUGCAAGUCGUGUAAACCAACUCCAUGUGCUCCUUGACAUUGAAGUUGUAAUGACUUACCCCCUCU